ACACCUACUUGCACAGACGCCUGUGACCACGCAGCAAGGCCCACCUCAGGCGUGUGCGGAGUGUUAUUUGUGGGGCUCACGCAAGUCCAGGACUGGAGACCUUUGCAAGUGGCGUGAGUCCCGAGGAAAUGAAAAACCGACCGUUGAAGAAUAAACCAUUCGAAAGGGAAAACACAAGCAGGACCUCCUUUAAGCUCACGCACAAUUAAAGCCACAGUCUAUGAAACAAGGACAUGAGCUUAAAAAAGGAGGGGAACAUAAAGGGGUCCUUGUUUUCUGAUAAAGCAGGCAGGUCUAUAGGUGCGUCUUUUUUGUCUUCGUCCCGCCUGCUCUGUGGUUUUCUCAGGAGCCGCGUGAGAAGUAAGGACAAAGUGCCGUCCGUUUUUAUGCUGGAUCUCCGGGUCUGAGGUCUCCCAGAGAGAGAACACCUUGUUAACAGAGCUGCAGAAGCUACAAGUUGUCACCCGGAUGCACUGAUGUGAAGUACUGAAGUCCUAAUAUCACCAAUUCUUCUAAGUUUCUGGACAUUGAUCUGGAGGAUUUCGUAGAUCAGCAGCAAGGUGUGAAAAAGCCUGUUUUCCCCCUUGCCUUCGUCUUUCUUCACCCUCCCCUUUUCCCUCCCCCAACCUCUCCGCCACGAGCUCUAUUGCCCCUUUGGUAGAGCCCUUCCUUCUUCUCCUCCUUCUCUCCUCCCUCCCCCCCCAAUCAUCAUCAACAUCACCAUCAUCACAAUCAUCUCACAAGAAGAAGACAUCCUGACCCAGGACCUUAAAACAUUAGGACUGGAGGAAGAGGAAAAGGCAAGGAAACAGAAAGGAAGAAAACAAGAACAUUAAAAAAGGAAACAAGAAACUUUCCACCCUGGAUUCUCUACUUUUGAUCCAUGGACAGAGCUCAGCUCAGCCAAGUUACAGACAGACUAUAAGCAGUCCUUGCUCAUUUUAUUGCGAUCUGCCUGUGGGAACUUUGUCUCCGAGUCAAAGUAGCAUGGAACGGAGAAGCGAGAGUCCCUGUCUAAGGGAUAGCCCAGAUAGAAGGAGCGGCAGCCCUGAUGUCAAAGGUCCUCCUCCCGUGAAGGUGGCCAGGCUCGAACAGAAUGGCAGUCCCAUGGGAGCCAGAGGGAGGCCCAAUGGCUCCGUGACCAAGUCAGUGGGAGGUUUGAUGAUUCCUGUUUUUUGCGUGGUGGAGCAGUUGGACAGCUCUCUUGAAUAUGACAACAGAGAAGAACAUGCAGAGUUUGUACUGGUUCGAAAAGACGUGCUCUUCAGCCAGCUGGUGGAGACAGCACUCUUGGCCCUUGGGUAUUCCCACAGUUCUGCAGCUCAGGCACAAGGAAUAAUCAAACUAGGGAGGUGGAAUCCUCUCCCCCUCAGUUAUGUGACUGAUGCACCAGAUGCGACAGUAGCCGACAUGCUACAAGACGUCUAUCAUGUUGUGACAUUGAAAAUCCAAUUACAAAGUUGUUCAAAGUUGGAAGAUCUGCCAGCAGAGCAGUGGAACCAUGCCACAGUCCGCAAUGCCUUAAAGGAGCUACUCAAAGAGAUGAAUCAGAGCACGUUAGCCAAAGAAUGCCCGCUCUCCCAGAGCAUGAUUUCAUCCAUUGUAAAUAGCACAUAUUAUGCCAAUGUGUCAGCAACCAAGUGCCAGGAGUUUGGGAGAUGGUAUAAAAAGUACAAGAAGAUUAAAGUGGAAAGAGUGGAAAGAGAAAACCUUUCAGACUAUUGUGUUCUGGGCCAACGUCCAAUGCAUUUACCAAAUAUGAACCAGCUGGCAACCUUGGGAAAAACUAACGAACAGUCUCCUCAUAGCCAAAUUCACCAUAGUACUCCAAUCCGAAACCAAGUGCCCACAUUACAGCCCAUCAUGAGCCCUGGUCUUCUUUCUCCCCAACUCAGUCCACAACUGGUAAGGCAACAAAUAGCAAUGGCCCACCUGAUAAACCAACAGAUAGCUGUCAGCCGACUAUUGGCUCACCAACACCCUCAAGCCAUCAACCAACAGUUCUUGAAUCAUCCCCCCAUCCCCAGAGCAGUGAAGCCAGAGCCAACAAACUCUUCAGUGGAAGUUUCUCCAGAUAUCUACCAGCAAGUCAGAGAUGAGCUGAAGAGAGCCAGUGUUUCCCAAGCUGUGUUUGCUAGAGUGGCAUUCAACCGUACACAGGGGUUGUUGUCUGAGAUUCUGCGUAAGGAAGAAGACCCUAGGACAGCCUCCCAAUCUCUGUUGGUAAACCUGAGGGCCAUGCAAAAUUUCCUCAAUCUGCCAGAAGUCGAGAGGGAUCGUAUCUAUCAGGAUGAGAGAGAGAGGAGCAUGAACCCCAAUGUGAGCAUGGUAUCUUCGGCCUCCAGCAGUCCAAGCUCCUCCAGAACCCCCCAGGCCAAAACCUCGACACCGACAACAGACCUCCCCAUUAAGGUGGAAGGCGCCAACGUCAACAUCACAGCUGCCAUUUAUGACGAGAUCCAACAGGAGAUGAAAAGGGCCAAGGUGUCUCAAGCCCUGUUUGCCAAAGUGGCUGCCAAUAAAAGUCAGGGCUGGCUGUGUGAGCUACUCCGCUGGAAGGAAAACCCAAGUCCGGAAAACCGCACCCUCUGGGAAAACCUGUGCACCAUCCGCCGCUUCCUGAACCUUCCCCAGCAUGAGAGAGAUGUGAUCUAUGAGGAGGAGUCCAGGCAUCAUCACAGUGAGCGCAUGCAGCAUGUUGUCCAGCUCACUCCUGAGCCUGUGCAGGUUCUUCAUAGACAGCAGUCUCAGCCAGCCAAGGAAAGUUCCCCUCCUAGAGAAGAAGCCCCACCUCCACCUCCUCCUGCUGAGGACAGUUGUGCCAAAAAGCCCAGGUCUCGCACCAAGAUCUCCUUAGAGGCCCUGGGAAUCCUGCAAAGCUUUAUUCAUGAUGUGGGUCUCUACCCUGACCAGGAGGCUAUCCAUACCCUUUCUGCUCAGCUGGAUCUCCCCAAACACACCAUCAUCAAAUUCUUCCAGAACCAGCGGUACCAUGUGAAGCACCAUGGGAAAUUAAAAGAGCAUUUGGGCACUGGGGUUGAUGUCGCUGAGUACAAGGAUGAAGAGCUGCUGACUGAAUCAGAGGAAAAUGAGAGUGAAGAAGGCUCGGAGGAAAUGUACAAAGUGGAAGCUGAGGAGGAAAGUGCUGACAAAAACAAGCCGGCUGCCCCAGAAAUUGACCAGAGAUAAUGUGAAAUCACAACAUGGAAAGCAAGACAUUGGUCCAAGGAUUUUCUGUUUCUAUUUUCUUUUUUAUUUUAUUUUGGUUUUUAGGUUUGUUUUUUCAUAUUUUUUUAAAAAAAAUUUUUCGUUCCCUUUUUGACAUUUCUUUGUUGCACGGGAUACACGUGCAGACUGAACAAGUUCAGUAUUGCCGAAUUAGUCAUCAUCUUGACACAGACACUUGAGUGUUACAUUUUUACAUUUGACUGAAAUAAUAAUUGUAAUCACAUAAAACUAUGCCUUCAUUAGCCUUGCACUUAUGGAAGAAAUGCAAAGCAAGUUCUCGGAAGAAAAGAUCUAUAAAACAAAUGAAGGAAACUACAAGUGUGUGUGUAUAUGUAUAUGUACAUAUAUAUAUAUUUACAUAUAUAUAUUAAAAUUGCAUGGGACAGAGAACUUUACAAUCUGAAAGAAUAGACUGUGAAAUGGGUUCUUAAAGACAAGACUUGUUUAUGUAUUAAAACCACUUCACAAUGAGUUGCUUUGGCUUUUUGAUAAACUGCCGCCUGCUCUCAGGGUGUGGUGACUAUUUUUUUGAAUUCCUAUUUAUUUUCUGUUUGUCCCUGAUUUUUUUUUUAUUAUUCUCUACCUUCCUAGCUGGCAGCUUGAUGGUUAAUUAUUGAGGUAUCUAUUUAACAAAAUAAAUCAACACUGCCAAAAACGAGAGAGAAAAGAAAAUGAAGCGGAAAAAAAAAUCAGGGCACCUUAAGAAGACAAAGUCCAAUUACUUUUAAGACACAAUGCACACUUAAAAUGAUUCAACAUGUUCCGUUACUCAACUGGUCCUUCCUGUAGUGAACAGAUGAACUUUAGUGGAAAUCAGAACAAUCGAAACUGAACUUCAGUAUGGAAAAACUUGUCCACUAGUGAGGUCUUGAUAAAAUAACAUUUUGAGAUUGGCUGCAUGGAAUUCAUAUUAUAAAACCAAGUUUUAUCAUGGUACUUAUUUACCUGUUCUCAGCUUCAGAGCUUAAAAUGAGUAAGUCUAAUCAUUUUUAAAUGCUUUAUUUUCUCUUUUUUUUAAAUGAAAAAAAAAAUCCAUUUUCUCCCUGUAGAAUGGCAAGUGAGAAAACUACAACCUGAGAAAUACAUUUGGUUAAAAGAAAAGGUGCAGUCGGAGGGCUUCCUCGCUCAGAAACCCAGUCUCUCUCUCUCUCUCUCUCUCUCUCUCUCUCUCUCUCUCUCUCUCUCUCUCUCUCUCCUACAGAGUUAUCCCUGGGUAACCGUGGGCUCCCUCCACUUCUGUCAGUGGAACUAAACGUUUCCAGUCACUAUGUCACACACAGCAGCCCAUUUCCAGUGUUGGCUGGCCCUCCUGAGAGAAACCUUUUGCUAAGCAAUUGUGCAGCUCUGAGCAAAGGAAAACAAAGUAAGGAGUUUCAGUACAGUGAUCUACUGGUCACUAAUGAAUACUUCCCCCCAUCUCCCCCCCCCCUCGGUGACCUAGCUAGCUAGCACAGAGAUUCCAUCCGGCCAACAGGACUUCAGCAGGUUGACUGACUCUUCCGUGGAAUGAGCAGGCAAGCUCCAUUCUCCUAGUAUUUCUGGUCUCUUCAUCUCUCCCCACCCCAAACCUCAAUAACGUUAUUCCCACUUCCAUUGAUAACAAUCCCAAGAGGAGACUUCACUUUCAAUCCUAGUCUACAUGAGUGGAAUCCCUGCUUUCAAGUGGCGGGCAGACAGUCAUCCCUUGUGCUUUGAUCUUUUAAGUUGUGUUCUCAUGCAACCUUGUCAAAGACCUCAUGCAAUAUCACUUUGAAAGUUAUUUUCUGUUUACUACACAAGCAUUGUAAUAUAACUGUUAAUACUAUUUAUAUAUUUGAAAGGUAUAAAAGGUAGGAUAAAAAAAACCUCUAUGUGUAGAUAUUUACUCAGAACUUAACAAUAUACAGGGAGAAGACAUGUUGCAAUACAAGCUAAUUCUAGCUGCUCAGUAACCUCUGGAGUUUUUAAAGGGACAUUUUCCUGUACUUUUUCAAAUAAAAAUGUUUAGAACUUAUCUUGACAUGAGUGUCACAUACCUUUGCAAAAGGAUGGUUGUUUGCUACUAAGCGCUAGUGCUCAUCCUUUCUUUUUCUGUAGUAUGCUGCAGCUUUGAUCCGAAGUUCCAAUGGUUGCUGCUUUACGUUCUCCUCAGAGUUACUCCUUCAAAAUUGUCUUCUUACACUGUUGCUGAAAUCACUACGUACAUGUAAUGGAAACUGAUUUUUGCCAAGCUCUUGCAAGGUGGUUCAUCUAUUGAUGGCAUCAGCAUUUGGUAUCUUUUACACUUCAACCAAAAAUUUAUUAGGUAUUUUUCAAUGCUAAGUCUUGCCUUUUAUUUUUAAUUUCACUGCCAAGUCUGCAGUGGUUCAAAGUGAAUCUGUGGGCAUUUUAGCCUGUGGUCUUGCCAGAACUUUGCGAAUUACAAUGCAUAUAUGUCUAUUUAUUCAAUAUCUGUCAUAUAAUAUCUAUUUGGAAAAAGAAACUUUCUCUUGUAGUGCCUCUUGACAAAGCACAAUUUUCCGCCUUUUUUGUGAAAUAAAAAAAAACAAAUUGUGUUUUAUUGCAGUAUCAACAAUGUGAAUAAGGAUUAACAUAUUGUAAAUGUUCUUUUUUUUCCAUGUAAAUCAACUUUAUCUUUGUUAUCACUAAGUGAUAAUUAAUUUUUAACUUAUGUGCAUUGUUAGGCUGUUAGA